AUGUCUUCACAAAAGAGAUCAUACGUUCAAGAUGAAACUGAAGAGAUUGCAACAAUUGAUUUAUCAAGUCGAAAUCCUGAUUUGGAAGAAUUUCGUACUCCAUUUGAUGAAAUAGAUUCUUAUUCAGCAAGUACACCUAAAACACAAGCUGAAUUAUAUAUGAUGAAUUUAAGUGGUGUAAUUCGAUCGAAACCAGAAUGGUUUAAAAAAAUGAAUGAGAAAACAAUUAGAAAGAAAUGGAAACAAGAAGCAUUACAACAAUAUGAUCUUUCAGAAAAACAAAUUGAUUAUGUCUUAAAUGAACUAAUCUAUUAUGAUUCGAUACGAGAUGGAUCAAUGGAAAUGUCUACUGUUGAUGGUGUAUGGCAGAGUGAUCAAUUAAUAUCAAAUGAUAUUAAACAAUCUUUGAUUGAAAAUGUGAGAAAACUAGAAGAUAUACCCGCAAGUGAUAAAGAUUGGCAUCCGGGUACAAAUCAACAAAUAUUAGAUUUAGUUCAUCCAUCAUUAUUUCCUUAUGUUAAUCAUAUAACAAGAAUUAAAAUUAAACGACAAAAAACAUCAUCUGAUUAUACAAAAUCAGAUAAAUAUCAAUGGUUACCAACUGAAUUUAAUGUAUCAAGAGAUGGUCAAGUUAAAAUCGAAUCAUAUAUUAAUAAUUUACAUCCAAUUGAACAUAAAGAUUUCUAUUUAGUGAUUGAACAAAUAUUUCAAUGUUUUAUACCGUUAUUCAAUAAAUGUUUAACUGAUUUACUUCAUGAAAAACCAAAUCGAAUUGAUGUUAAUUUUUCUGCAUCAUCUAGAGAAAGGAAAACCUAUAAGGACGAAAAAGAUGAAGAAGAAGACGACGACGAUGAGAAUAAGGACGAUAACGAUGAUCAAGAUACAAUUUUAGAUCUUCCAGAAUUUCAAAUGCCAUCUCCACAAACUUCAACUAUUGAUUUAUGUGGAAGAAAAUUACAAGUGAUCGUUAAAUUAGCCAAUCAUAUCUUAACAGCCGAUAAUCCCGAAUAUUCCGGUGGUGUUUGGCAUGUUGAAGGAAUGGAAAAUGAACAUAUUGUUGCGACAGGUAUUUUUUAUUAUCAUAGUUCAAAUAUUACAGAAUCCAAUUUACAAUUUCGAACUGCAAUAAAUGAACCACUUUUUGAUCAUGAUGCUUCAGAGCGAGCAAAUCACUUUUUUCAUUUAUAUGGUGGACGUUCAUUGAAUCAAAAUUUAGGUCAAGUUAUUACUCAAGAAGAUCGUUGUCUUGUCUUUCCAAAUAUCUACCAACAUAGAGUUGCACCAUUUCAAUUAACAAAUCCUAAUCAAUUAGGUCUACGAAAGAUUCUAGUCUUCUUCUUGGUUGAUCCAUCAAUUUCAAUUUUAUCAACUGCAAAUGUACCACCACAACAAUCACAUUGGCUGAGGAAUAUUGUACGUUCGAUGUUUCCAUUUAAUCAAUUACCACAAUUAGUUAUCGAGAAAAUAAUUAACUAUAUAGAUUUUCCAAUGAGUUUAAAUCAAGCUUACCAAUAUCGUAGAGAUUUAAUGGAAGAAAGAAAAUAUUUUAUCAAUCAAAAUACUGAACAGUUAUUUGAACGACCAUUUUCAUUAUGUGAACAUUAA